AUGACCACGAAGGGGAGGAGCAACUGGAGAGCCAAGAAGGGCCGCGGCCACGUGCAGCCCAGCCGCUGCCCCCGCUGCGCCCGCGGCGUGCCCAAGGACAAGGCCAUCAAGAAGUUCGUCAUCCGCAACAUUGUGGAAGCCGCGGUCGUCAGGGACAUCUGCGAGGCCAGCGUCUUCGACUCCUAUGUGCUGCCCAGACUGGAUGUGAGACUGCAUUACUGUGGGAGCUGCGCGAUCCACAGCAAGGCAGUGAGGAAUCGGUCCCGUGAGGCACGAAAGGAUCGGACACCCCCACCCCGCUUCAGACCUACAGGUGCUGCCCCCAGACCCCCGCCAAAGCCUAUGUAA